AUGAAAACCAUUUCUACCUUAUGGGAGCUCGACACUACCGAACGCGCCAACAACUACUUGACCAACAAUGCGGGCAGCUCAUUCUGCGUCCAGAACUUCAUCGAUAAUGAAUUUACGGAAAAUACCCAGACGGAAGAUUGGAUUGACACGUUCAACCCAAGUACCGGCGAGGUUCUAGCUCGGAUUCAUCGCAGUGCGGCAUCCGACGUGAACCGCGCAGUGGAUGCGGCUUCGAAAGCAUUCCCGUCUUGGUCCCGAACCACCAGGCAAGAAAGAGCAGAUAUGCUGCUGCGGAUUGCAAGUAUUCUGGACGAAAAGAAAGAACUUUUUGCAGUUUGGGAGAGCAUUGACCAAGGGAAAACGCUUGCUAGGGCUAGAGUUGAAGUUGAUCGUGCGAUUGCAAAUUUCCGAUACUUUGCGACAUACAUUCUCCAUGAGGAAGGCGCCGUUCGGUUUGUCGAUGGCCCAGCAUCCACUCUGACAUACGAACAUCGAUCACCUGUAGGAGUAUUUGCACUGAUCUCGCCAUGGAAUAUGCCUCUUUACCUCCUGACAUGGAAGAUUGCACCUUGUCUUGCAUUUGGAUGUACAGGUGUGGCAAAGCCAAGUGAAGUUACCAGCAUCACUGCAUUCUGCGAAGUAUUCAGACAAGCAACACUGCCUCCUGGUGUGAUGAACAUCAUUUUUGGUGAUGGAUCAGGUGCCGGCUCAACCCUUGUCAAGUCACCCUAUGUCCGAGGUGUCUCAUUCACAGGCGGCACCAGCACUGGUAUCCGCAUUCGUCAUGACACAGUAGCCGAUAUUGGCAAGCACCUCUCUUUGGAACUUGGUGGAAAAAACCCUACGUUGAUAUUCGACGAUGUCGACCUGGCCAAGGCAGUAGCUUUGGCUGCUCAAGCAUCUUUUGAAAACAGCGGUCAGAUAUGUCUGUGUGGCUCACGGAUCUAUGUCCACCGUGAUAUCUACGAAAGAUUUCUACCUGCGUUUGCUGAAUACGUCCAUAAAAACUACCGUUGCGGGGAGACCAUUGGGCCGGUCGUCUCGCGAGAGCACUACUCAAAAGUUCGAUCCUAUCUGCGCCUGGCUCAAGAUGAGAAGGCGCACUUUCAUACUGGUGAAGUCCCCGAUGAGGACCCCCAUAAUGGCUACUGGAUCAAGCCGACAGUGCUGAGUGGUGUCUGCACUGACAGUCGGGUCAUGCGCGAAGAGAUAUUUGGACCUGUCGUCACCGUGUCUCCCUUCGACACGGAGAAAGAGGCUAUUGAACUCGCAAAUGACAACCCAAAUGGACUGGCCAGUGUUCUCAUGACCACUGAUAUAUCACGGAUGCGCCGAGUUGGAGAACAGAUUGAGGCCGGCCUAGUAUGGGUGAACUGCUGGUUGGUGCGCGAGCUCGGGACGGCUUUCGGGGGUAUGAAGGCGUCUGGCAUCGGUCGAGAAGGAGGUGCCCAGAGUCGCGAUGUUUUUACCAAUUUGCGGACUCUCCAUGUACGAUAG